ACAACACUUCACCAACUUUACAAUUUUCUGUUUGUUCUCUUCUAUCACAUUCUACCUCCAGCCUCCACCCGUCCUCCACGAUCAGAUCACCAAGAUCACCACGAUCACCACCGACCGCCCGCCCUGAAAAAGCGGUGAUUGGACACUGGAGCUGAAUGUAGCUGGUUGGUAGCGGUAGCGGUAGGUAAGGUUAGGUGUUAUAACGUGAAAGUGCGAUUCUCGCGCAUACAUAUAUCUACGUACUCGUCGUUGUUGUCAAUGUUGUUGGAGGCUCGGUGGCGUAAACACAAAUACCUAUUAGAUAUUUUUGUUUUCAUUUUUUUUUUUUAGAUUUAGUAUUUGACCGACCUAACGCUUAUCCAGAUGAUCUUGUUGUGAGAGGAAUUAUAAUAUAUUGAACGGUAUAACAAUCAAAGGCUUUGGAUAAAUUCAAAGCAUAUUCUACAGAAUUUUAUAAACUUGAAGUAUUUUAAUUGAAAUUGUAAACGAAAUGAAUAAUGCUGCUAUUGCGACGACUAAAGCAAUAAUUUUUGGAUUGACGUUUGUGCAAAUAUUGUUGAUAACUCAGGCCUAUCGCGAACAUAAGGUUCAUAACAUUGUCUUAUAUCCGGAUAAACAUUCGUGGUGCAAGACGACAACAAUUAAACAAGUCAUAAGCUAUCCGGGAUGUACAUCUAUUGAGAUUGAUAAUAACGUUUGUGUUGGGGCAUGUUUUAGUUAUUCGAUACCACAUACUGAACCAUCUGAUCCGGGAGAGGUAAUCGUUCCAUAUUGUGACAGCUGUCAGCCCUCGGACACGACUUGGCAUCAGAUAACUUUGCAGUGUAAUAAAAACGAUGACACACCAUCACAGCUAAUUAAACAUGUUCAAAUAAUCCACAAUUGUUCAUGUACUUCGUGCGAGAAAGGUAGUAUCGGCUUGGCGAAAUUUCCUGAAAACAAUGAAGAUUUCUACUUGCAACAAAGUGCUGAUGCUGAAUUAUUGGAUGUCUUGCAAUCCCGUCUAAGCGAGUCGAAUCCAAAUAAUCCGGAAAAUGAUCAUUCAAAGAAGAUGCAUUCGUUGCUCAAUCAUAAGCUGAUAACUUUGCUGCGAAACAUUCAAGUGAACAAUUCUAACCAUGAUAAGGAGCAGUUGUUUGAUUUGUUUAAUGUUAUGCAAGAUCCAAUUAAGCACAAGGGUAACGCUAAGAACAUCAUUGAUUUUAUUGAGACACUGCAAAACAAUAAGACCGAUUUGAACACAACGAGGCUUACUGAGAUCCUUCUCAAGUUCGAAUAUCCUAAGCACUUAAAAGGUGAUAUUCCUGCUAUUGCUGAUGAGGUCGAGGCAAGCGAUGCUGUAAAAGUUUCUGUUCCAGAAGCUUUGAACUCCCCAGUAAUUGGUGAUGCUACUUCUAUUAUCGGUAAAGAAGAUUCAUCACAAGAACACCGCGUUCCCCUUGCUUUGUGGAUUCAAAACCCAGCAUCUAGUGAAAUUACCAUUCGAGAAGAAGACAACAAACAUUCCAUGAACGAAGGAAAUGAAAAAUCCGAGAAAGAAGCUGAAAAAACUGAAAGUUCUGAGAGCCACCAUGAUGCAGAAAUACUCCCCCAUGAAAUCGUUUCGACGGAAAAGGAUGCAGCAAUUGCUGCGGUUACUUCAACAAGGAAAGAAAAGCAUCAUGAAAAAGAUCAAGACCAAGAACAAGAACAAUCACCAGAACUAGACGCUCAUAAUCACUUGCAUCAUUCAUCACACUUGCAUUUACAUCAGCAUCACGUUAACGAUAAUAUUGUCUCAUCGCAUGGACAUCUAGCUCGUGGGCCACAUGGAGCUCUAGUCAUUGAACCCGAUAGAAUUCACGAAGAGAAAUUGGAUGUUAAUGCCCACGAAUUAAAACCUAAUCAUGCUGGCACUUUGCUCAGCUAUCACAGUCAUUCGGGUGAAGGUAAUGCACAUUAAUCACAUUAAAUUGUUUAGUGGAAUGUUUUUUUUUAUUAAAUUUUAUUUUAAAUUAUUAAUUAGGUGUGAAUAUUUGAAAGAAAUUUUAAGUAUUUUCAUUGUUUAGAAAUAUAUGAACAUUAUAAGAAUUUGGUACAAAUACGUCCCUAAAGGGCAAACAUAUCAUUUUAUAGGCAUGGGAUCACUUUUCUUCUAUUUCAUUGUUUUUUACCAAUAAUUUUUUUAUAAAAAUAUUUCAAUCUUAUAUACAAUUCAGUAGAUCAUAAAUAACAAAAAAAUGCACUGCACUUAUCAAUAUUCAUUCCUAUUUCAAUUUAUGCUACAAUCAACUUGCUGCACAUAUAAUUUUUAAAUUUUGUUUUAAUUAACAGCGUACUCAUUUUUGUUGUAUCAUGACUGUUCUUAACAUUUAUGUCAUCUGCUUUUGGGCAGGUUCAGACAACAUAAGGGACUUUAUUUGCAAGUCAAUUGCAUUCUUUGAACGAAAAUUUUGACAAAGGCAGCUAGUUAACUUUUCAAGUAACAUACAUUUUAAACUUACAGUUUUAUUCUAACCUAAACCUUCAGUUCAUCGUACAAAAACUAUCAAGGCAAUUAUUGUCUACAAAACACAAUACUCAGCCAUGCUACAAGUCCUUAGCGACUUGUAUUGUAAAGAAAUAUUACUUAUUUUUUUUUUUCAAUUUUACAAGAACCCUUUUACACCAAAUGUUAAAGGCAAUUGUGCAGAAAAUAAAUAAUUCAUAGAAUAAUAAAGUUCAGCUUUCAGUUGAAUAAAAAAACAUGAUCUUAUUUUGACAUAAGUUGACUUGUGUUGAUAGUUAGGGAGACUUUUCUUGACUUUUUUUCAGUCAACUUUCCACUAAAUUUACCUUAAUGGGAAAGCAAUUUUUUGGCCGCUGGCCAGUCAGAUACUAGAAACUAGCCUUACUUUCAAGUCCCUCAUGUCGUCUGGACUUGCCCAUUUUCUUUGUGAUCCAUUUAAACUUCAGACUUUGACAUAAACUGUCACACAUUCC